CUGCCAAUGGGGGUUUGACUUAGACCUACUUGUAGGACAUAGUUUAUUGUUGCUGCUUUCCUUCCCCUAGAUUUGGAUUGCACUUCCACAUAGAGGUUCUGCAUUUCUGAAAUGUAAGGGCACCUGCUGCAUUUCAGCCGUAGUCGAGUACCCAGGCCACGCCUCUCCUUAGAGUCCAUGUCCCAGGUCAGGUUGCCAUCACAUCCUGGACUGGUCCGCCCAUGUUCUUUGAAGGCUGUAUUGAACAUCCCACUUGUCUUUUGAAGAUGGAGCAGUCUGUGGGAGUCUGUAUCACACCUGCCAAAACCAGUUUUAUAUCUAAUCACUUCCUAUCCAGGGGUCUUGGCUGCAGGGGUCACAGCAUCAUUUCCUGUUCCUCACACACAGAGGGUGGAUGCCUCACCAGUUCCAGGGUUUCCCAGUCUACUCUUGUGAAUGGUGCAGGAAAAACACCAGAAUUGCCUAUGUACAGGGGCUGCCGACACCCAAAGUUGUGCGGAGAAGAAAAGCUGACAGGAGUCCUGAUUGGUCAUUAACAGAAAAUCUUUGUUGUUGAAUUUGACAGUGAAAUAUAAGUGAUAAAAAUGAGAUGUGACUUAACAGAAUGUAUAAAAAGAUAUAGGACUUAUAAAGGAAGACUUGAGAUGAGGGGUGAUAUUUUGCUGGAAAAUUUCAUUCAGUGCGGAUCUAUACCAGUUGUAAACAGGCCAAAAUUUAAAGGAAAAAUGCAACGGCAUGAUACAUUUUUCGUGGUGGAAUUUUGAAGAAGAGAUGUUAAACUUUGCUUCACAGUGACUGAUUUUUUGAAUAUUGAUUAUAUAAAUAAGUAACAGUGAUUGGAAUUAGUAUGGAAGUCUAUGGGAAAACAUUUGGUGGUGUUUGUCCAGGUAUCAAGAAAGUUUCCAAAGGAAAAUGGCUCAGCAAAACAUUGUCGAAAUAAAAAAGACGUCAGCUUUAACAAAAGUGUAAAUAGUGAAAGUUUGUGUCAAAAAGACCCCCCCCCCCCCCCAACAAA